UAACUCUCUAACCCCGUUUAUCUUUCUGGGUUUCUACUGAAUUCGCUUCUGGCUGCGUAGAUGCAUUUAUGUAGUGAAUUUGAAUAUCUGUUGGUAAAGGGUCGCUACAUGUGUCCCUCUGCAUGUUCUAUCCUUUUACGUCAUUAGGCGCUCUGUUAGACCAAGAGAUCUUCUCUGCUUUUAUUUUUAUCAAAUCUACUAUUAUCAUGGUUUUGAAAAAAUGGGAUUGUGUUUCUUUAUUUUCUGCAUGGAAGUUUGAAAUGGGAUGCAGGAAGUCUGAAAAGGAUUUGGGUUUUGGUAUACCCCAUUCUGAGUAGUGAGAACUACUGAAGGGAAGGUGGUGCUCGUUUUGUAGACUGCUUCGAAUCUAAAAUUGUAGUUUCAGGUUAAGCGGAGGUUGAAGUUGUAGUGUACGUGACAUUUGCUCUGUUUUGUGUGAGCGAGAAAAGAUUUUAUCUUUAAGGCUAAAGCUUGAUAUUGAGAUGUUUCUGUUGAUGGGUUCUCUUUUUUUCUUUUUCUCUCUCUGAAUGGGUUUCCUUUUGGUGAAGAGGAGGAAAGUUGAGAUGAUAUCACGUGGUUACAUUUGAGAGGUCUGUUUAGGAACCGUGAAAAUUAAAGGAUUUGUAAGGCUUGUUGAAAGGUAGUUGUUUCUUUGGAUUUUGAACUUUUGGGCACAGAAUGGAGCCAACAGCUCAGAAGACUCUUGAGAGAGUUGUUUCGCAAAAAGCUCUGCAGAUGGGUAGUUCAUUUCCAUGUCAAAUUUGUGUCGUGGGUUUUCUUUGUGGUGUCUGUCUUACCUAUUUCUUUCUCGCCGCUCUCAGUUCCUUGGUGGAGUUCGGGGAGGUUGCCUUUUCAUUUCCCUCGGCAGGACUUGCUUCAAGGAAUUUGAGUUCAGGGGUUAUUGAUAUGAGAAAAAGCUUGGACUUUUCCAACCUAAAAGAAACAAAAAGAAGUGAACAAAGCAAUGAUGAGAAAGUCCUUUUAUUAUAUUCAGCUUGGAGUGCAAUGCUGAAUGAAUCAAUAGGUGGUGAACAUGAUGUUUUCAUCAGGGUAGGACUGAGCAGAUCAAGUAUACCUGAAGCUCCUCAUCUGGAGAACUGUAAAUUGAGUGCAAAAGUCAGCAAACACCUUGACAGCCAUGGAGAGAAUGGAAGCUUUCCUCCCUGGACGAUUUGGAAAGGAUUGCUAGGCAUAGAUUUACCCCACUCUUCUUUUGCAAUGGAUAAACAACAGGGAAAUUUUGAUCGUCAAGCUAAACUGCAAGGAUCUUAUCCUCCCUGGAUUAUGGGAUCGGAUGAAGAUAACUUUCCUGCCACUAGGAAAGUGCAACAUGACAUAUGGCUCCAUCAACAUCCCUCAAGCUGUAGUGAUCCUCAUGUGAGGUUUCUUGUUGCAGACUGGGAGACACUGCCUGGAUUUGGUAUUGGAGCCCAAUUUGCUGGAAUGUGUGGGCUUCUUGCUAUUGCAAUUAAUGAAAAGCGAGUUCUUGUUACCAACUACUAUAACCGGGCUGACCAUGAUGGUUGCAAAGGUUCAUCACGCUCUCAGUGGUCUUGCUACUUCUUUCCUGAAACAUCUAUAGAGUGCAAGAACCGUGCAUUUGAACUUAUGGCAAGGAAAGAAGCUUGGGAGAAAGGAAUUGUAACAGGGAAAGACAAUUACACUUCAAAGGAAAUAUGGGCUGGACGGAUUCCCAGAAUCUGGGGUGAGCCUUGGAAUUACUUGCAACCAACAACUGAGAUAAAUGGAAGUUUGAUUACUUAUCAUCGCAAAAUGGAUCGUAGGUGGUGGCGAGCACAGGCUGUUCGUUAUCUAAUGAGGUUUCAUAGUGAGUAUACUUGCCAUUUGUUAAAUAUUGCCCGACAUGAGGCAUUCGGACUGCAGGCUGCAAAAUUGGUCCUUGGUAGUCGUCUUGGGAAUUGGCCCCAGGGUGUUGGAAACAGGUCUCAAUCUGAUAUAGAACAAUUUGUAUGGUCCAAUCAUAAACCUUGGAUCCCUAGGCCACUCUUAAGCAUACAUGUAAGAAUGGGAGACAAGGCAUGUGAAAUGAAGGUGGUAGAAUUUGAAGAGUACAUGCGUCUAGCUGACCGCAUCAGGAAACGCUUCCCACACCUCAACAACAUCUGGCUUUCCACUGAAAUGCAGGAAGUCAUAGAUAAAUCAAGAUCAUAUCCCCAUUGGAAUUUCUAUUACACAAAUGUGACACGGCAAGUGGGAAACACAACAAUGGCUUCAUACGAGGCAAGCCUGGGUAGAAAGACCAGUACAAAUUAUCCCCUAGUCAAUUUCUUGAUGGCUGUGGACGCAGACUUCUUUAUCGGGGCUCUGGGUUCUACGUGGUGCUUUCUCAUAGAUGGCAUGAGGAAUACAGGGGGGAAAGUAAUGGCUGGGUACUUGAGUGUUAACAAAGAUCGAUUCUGGUAGAGAGCCAUUGUUAGCUGGCGCUUAAGUCCAUUUGUUCAUCUUCUAUCUUUUUGUUCCCUUUUGACUUCAUUACCCCCUAUUGUAUUUUGUAUGUAUAAAUAUCACUCUUCUUUUUUUGAUAUACCGGCAUGGUUUCUGUACAUAAAGUCAGAAACAUUAUCAUAUAAAGGUUGAAAUUUUUUACCUGAAAUCAGGAGACAGAUUUCUGUAUUGAGGUAAAAUGUAUAGCAAUUUCAGUCGUGCCCUCUC